UUGGAUUCAUUUCUACUGAGCCACAGUGGGAACUCCCAGUUUUACUUCUUUAUAAAAAUGGAUAUGUAAACUGUGUUUGUGUUUGUGAGAUUCAUUCACGUUUUACCUAACUGAAAUUUAGUUGCAUUGUUUUAUAGUAUGAACACCACUAUAAAUAUUCUUGCAUAUGUUCUUAGGUUAAUAUAUGAAGAAAUAAAAAUUUUUUUUUUUACCCAGAGCCAGUCAUAUGGUAAAAGUUCUAUAAAUGUUACCUGUUAUUAAUAUCAGUUAUGAUAUUUUUAUAAUUAGUAAAAUAUGUGACUCAAAUUUAUAAUUUCCCCACCAGAUAUUGAGUUCUUCCAAGUUAAUUUACUGGCUCAACUAAAAAAAUCAUUGAAAUAUUUUUAAAAAGACAUAUCUGGCAUAUACAACAUAUCAAGAGCACGUAUACAGUAUAUCAGUACCAUGCUAAACCUUGACAUAUACAACAAGAGACACACACAACAAGAGGACAUAAGCAAAAAAUUAGUACCCCUCUAAACCUUGAUAAGAACCACUCUAAUUAGUACAGACAUCCUUUAUGCUAACAAAAGUGGUGAGUUCUGGCAAACUAAAUUUCCUAUGGAAUACAGUUCUUAGGCUUACUGAUAAGAGAAUAUAGUUGAUGUCUUAUGUCUUGACUCCAAUAAUGCUUCAAAUAUAGAUUCUCUGGAUACAUGUGGACAAAACAGUAAAUAAGAACUUUAGAAUAGUGCAAUUAGGUAUGUUUGUAAGUGGUCAGAUAACUCUGCUUAAUGGUAGGCUAUAUGGCAUGCCACAGUCCCUAUUCUGGAAAAUGUUCUGUUCCGUGUAUCUUGGAUAAAGAUACAUUUAGCUUGACUUCUAAAGUUUACAGUCUGUAAAUUCUUACCUUAGAUUAUCUUCCACACUGCAGAUACAAACACAGAUUUUGGCAAGGAAAAUGCAAAAGGAGUGAUAAAAUAUCAAUCCGUAUUUGCAUAUUAGCAAACAAAAGAUUAUCUUGUCACUCAUUGCCUCACAUGAAAAAUUGCAGCUUAUAGCUAUGGUAAAAAGAAGAAAACAUCAAGUGACUGGACUAGAUAAAAGGACCAGGACUGGUAUUCACAGAGAUAGGAGUGGCCGCUAUACUACUUUAGAAGUCGUUGUUUUUAUACCUGAGACAGAUCCAUAAUCUAGAUACCAAGCAGGGAAUUUUAAUAUAUUCAAUGACACAGAGAAUUUAAAGUCCUUGGAUAACAUACUUAAAAUGGAAAAAUGUGUGAGAUAAUGAUUUAUUUUUGAAAUUAUCUAGGGGUUAUAUCCAGUAUGUGUUAAUUACAGGCUAAUUUUAUGGCUAAAAAAAUAUAAUAAGGCCACUUCAGACUUUUUAAUACUCUUCAUAAAGUUUUUGCAUACUUUUUUUGGCAUAUGACUUAUUGUUAGAUUUUUUUUAUAUUUGUUGAGGUUAUGGUAAUUUUAUCUUUUAAGGAAGAUUUUAUUUUAAACACUGGUGGGUAUGAAGAAAUGGAACAGAUUUUUGUAAAUUUGUUUUAUGUCCCCAAACCUUGCUGAAUGAACACAAUCAUACUCUAACAAUCUAUUAAAGAAUGUGUUUGGAUUGUCUCAAUGAUGAUCUGUGAAUAAAAAGUCUUUUUUCUUUACAAUGUCACUUAUUUUAUGUCAUUUUCUUAUGAAAUUCUAAAUAUCCUGGGCAAAUAUCCCCUCCCUUUCUCUCCUAACAAUAAUGAUGGUAGUUAGCUUUUCUGUGUACACAUUAUAUUGUAGUCUUAUUUCUGUAUCAUUAUUUCUUUCUGGGUUUUCACUGUUUUAUGGAUUUCCUUAUGCUUUCCUUUUUUCAUAGUAAAUUAUUGCAUUUGGAAAAAGCUCUGACACACAGUAGGCAUUCACAAAAUGUAAUCAUUGAAUAAGAACCGAAUUAGCUUAUUUCUCGAGUUUUCUGUGAAAUACAGCUAAGAUAUUUGGAUCCAAAUGGUAUAGGAUUUCAGGUGUGGAGGGAAGUACAAAUCAGUGAAAAAGAAUCUGGCCCACAUUUGCAUGCUAACAUAUUUGACUUGAACAUUUUCAUCAUCACCACAAGUGGAAAUUUUCAGUCCGUGCCAGUGAUAAAUGGACACGCAAAUGAUUUGGCUUGAAAAUCAGUAGCUCUUUCAAAGAAGUAAAACCAUUUGCAUUGAAUGUACUUGAGACUGUAUACCUUAGCAGGUCUCUCUGGAUUAUGAUAGGCAUUCCAAUAAAAACAGAAAGACUUUCUUAGGUAUCUCUGACACUGAUUCCAACAGAAAGAGGUUCUGCUUAAGACUGGAAUUGUAAUAAAGGCCGUGAAGAUAAGUAUCAGAGAUGGAUGUUAUUUUGCCACAGCUUCAUUAUAAAUCUUGUGCUGAGAUAUAGUAUUAGACGUUUGGAUUUGUCUUUCCUGUGGAAAUGUUCCCUAUGUUGAAUACAAUCUUUCUGAUACUGUCAGUAGUGGAAUUCAUAAUUGGAGCGUUGGGCAAUGCAUUCAUUGGACUGGUAAACUGCUCUGAAUGUAUCAAGAAUCAAAAGAUCUCUUUAGUUAACUUCAUCCUCACCAGCUUGGCUAUCUCCAAUGUCAGUCAACUGUUGGUGGCUUUGUUGGACUCAUUUAUAAUGGGACUACCUCCAUGUUUAUUGCUCACUAACAAACUAGCAAAACCUAUUACUUUGCUUUGGAGAAUAACUAAUCACUUGAUUACCUGGCUUUCCACCUGCUUAAGCAUUUUCUACUUCCUUAAGAUAGCUCACUUCUCCCACUGCCUUUUCCUCUGGCUGAAGCGGAGAAUGAACAAAGUCAUUCCUGGGAUACUUGUAUUUUCUUCGGUCUUUCUGGUUUUUGACUUUCUACUGCUAGAAACAUUUAAUGAUCUUUUCCAGAAUAUAGCAUCUGAAAGUAAUCUGACUUUAGAUAAAAAUCUCUAUUUUAAAAGCCUGAGUCUCCUUAGCUUGACCUUUUUCUUUCCUGUUAUUCUGUCCCUGAUGUCAUUGCUUUUUUUGUUUCUGUCCUUGGUGAAACACACAAGAAAUUUGAAGCUUAACUUUGUGUGCUCGAGGGACCUCAGCACACAGGCCCAUAAAACAGCCAUGAAAAUGGUGAUGUCAGUCUUCCUCCUCAUCAUGGUUCAUUUUUUUUCCGUACAAUUGGUAAAUUGGUUGUUAUUUGUGUACUCUGACAACGAGUUCAUAAAGUUCCUCAUGUUAGCAGUAUAUGUCUUUCCCUCCGGCCACUCAUUUAUUUUGAUUCUGGGAAGCAACAAACUAAGACAGAGAGCCUUGAAGGUACUGAGGCAUCAAAAAGCUUUGAAAAGAGAAAAUCCAUUGCCUUUACAGAUACGCUUUCAAGAGUCUUUUCAAAGAUAAAAACUUAAUGAGGAGAUUUUAAGGACCAAUUUUUACUUCUACUGUUUUGUUUUCCUCUUGGGUUGCUUUAAGUAUUGUUGAGCAUAACUGAAAUUUUCCCUAAAACAGGUUGCUUUUGAUGAUAAUUCACACAUGGUUAGCCAAUAUAGUUUUAAAGGUAUUCAGCUUUUGUUUAAAACAUGGGUUACCAAUAUUUUUAAGUCUCAAAUCUUCUUUCAGAGAGAAUCUAUAUUAUUUAAUUUUAUAUGCAAAAUAAUUAUUUAUUUUAAAUAAUUAAAAUUAUUUAAUUUUAUAUUAAAAGAUGUAAUUUUAUUUGUGGGAAAGGAGGCAUGUAGCUCUUUAGAGAUCAAGAUAAAUUAAAAACUUGACUAAGGAGAAGAUCUACAAAAUGUUGAUAGAAAAGUUAAUUGAGCAAUGGAAACCAUAGGCGGGAAAAUUAUGGCCUCAUAGGUUAAAAGUCUAACUUUUUUUAAAGUAAGAAAUCAGUGCAUUGUUAUUAGAGGUCUUAUUGAUAACAAAGGAAUAAGAUGUACCAGAAUAAGAAUAAUAUCUCUGGUGCAAAAUAAAUUAUCUUUAAGUAGAAAUUGGAAAUGCUAAUCUUAAUCUGAAUCCUUAAAUCAUAAACAUUUUUGAUGUGUCUGGGCACUUACUAAUUUUGCUAAAUUCCAGAGUUUACAGUGUGCAUUUUUAGAGUGGUAGAAGUCAAUACUUCUACUCUGAUAUGUGAUAGAAUUAAAAAUAUAUAGAAGAAUUGCUCCUUAAAUCAAAAGCACACUCACUGCUAUUACAAAAAUGUCAAAGCACAUUUUGAGAAUGAUUAUGUUUAUGUUUGUGCACAUACAUUUUGUGUAAUCUGAUCAUUAGAGAAACAAAUGGAAACAGGUCUAUAGGGAAGACAUAGAAAGUAAAGUUUUUGAUGGAACAUAUGCUUAAUGUAAAUUUUAGGCAUGCAUGUAUAUAUAUUGUGCUGUUUUGGCUAUAAUAACCUAAAUUUAGAUAAGGUAACUACAAAUUGUAAAUAAGGUUAAGGAUUGGAAAUUCAUGUAAAAUUUUGAAUAUAAUGGUAUGGAUUAUAAAACUGCACAGAUGCUAUA